AUGAUAGGACACAUAUUCAAGCACUUGGAUAAAACGUACGUUAAUGAGAAAAUGCUCGACAUCGUGUACAACCUUGGACUGAAAUUGUUUCGCGGCAUUGUGGUGCGCGACUAUCGCGUUAAAGAUCGUUUGCACGAAACAUUGUUGAGCUUGUCAACUGAUCUGGAACGAACUGUUCCAUCUUUAUCAAAUGUUUUCCAAGAUGAAGACACUGUGGCAUCUGAAACAAAACAAGCCGCUUCAAGUGUAGAAGUUAGUUCUCCGGUAAUUAAACAUAUUUUAGAUUCUAAGUUUGAUAUAGGAGCUUAUGUUGAGUUUAAACAAAAUUUAAGUGACGAAGAAAAGGUUUCUAUUUUACAAAACGUAUGGACCCCUGAUUCAGAUGAAACCACUGACAUAUCUCAAGUUGAACAAUUUUCCUUAUGUAUUCGUUAUGUUGACGAGGAAAUUUUUUCAAUUCGAGAAGAUUUUCUCACAUUUGUUCCCGUUCAUGAUUUAUCUGGUGAAGGAUUGGCCAACACGAUUAAAGAAACUUUAAAAAAAAAUGGUAAAAAUAUCGAUCUUUUUAACGCUCUUAAACAAGUUACCCAGGUGGUUUCUGUGUUAAAUACCAUAAGAGAAAACGUUGAUUUAAAAUUUAACGAUAUUUAUAAAGACGCCCAAGGUAUUGCUAUAAAGUUAAAUGUUGAACCAAAAAUACCUCGAACAUGCAGCAAUCAAAAAAAUAGAAGCAAUGUCCCGUUUAAUAAUAUUGAAGAUUUUUACAAAAAAACUAUUUUUAUACCGUAUUUGGACGAUUUAAUAAUGGCAUUAAAUGAAAGAUUUUUACCUCAUAAUGAAACUAUAAUUUCAUUACAAUUUGUCUUACCUCGUAUCAUAGUUGAAAAACCAUUUUUUAAUUUAAAAAAAGCUGUCGAAUUUUAUAAAAGUGAUUUACCUGGGCUAAACGACAUUAUAGAAGCAGAGUAUGAAAUUUGGCAGGCUAAAUGGAAAAAUAUUGAAGAAAACUUAAGACCUGCAACUGCUAUAGAAGCUCUAAGAGCCUGUGAUCGUUUAAUGUACCCUAACAUAUUUGAAUUACUAAAAAUACUAGCUAUAAUUCCAGUAUCCACCGCUACGGCUGAACGCAGCUUUUCUACUCUUAGAAGACUUAAAACAUAUUUAAGAAAUACAACUUCUGAGUCCAGGCUAGUAGGACUAGCACUUUUAUCCAUUCACCGAGACAUUGAUGUAAAUGAUGAUAUGGUAUUUGACAAAUUUGCCAACAGUGGUAAAGAGAGAAAUUUGAAUUUAAUAUAA